AUGGCCCCGCCCGCCUCAUCGUGGCGCGGAGGUGACUCUGGGUGUCGAACUGCGAAUUACAGCCGAGCUAAGAGUGGCCAUGCCAGACACCCUCACCCUCUGCUGAUUCAGUCGCUAGGUGGUUGCUCUGGUGAAAGCUUGGCAAGCCCUGAUUGCACAGGACGUCAUGGAUUUUCGGAGAGGACACGUCAACCACUCGCCAUAGAAAUCGUCUCAUGCUCUGCACCUACAAAGUCUUUACCAACGCCGAUCUUCACGCCCUUCUCGAAGCUGCAGGGCGCAUCAACUAUUACAUUGUCUUACGUUGGAGACGUUGGAUCAGUAGACCCAUCUGUUGUCCAUCUUGUCGAAGCGCAUGAGAUCUCAUCACCUCGCCUGGCUAUCCUUGACUCCGUCGUCUACACAGAACCAUCACUUUCAUCAACUGCUAUUCUCCGGGGAUUUAGUGCUUCUUACGAGGAUUUGGAAGAAGUCAUUCGCAAAGAGAAGUCCUCAUGCAAAUUUGCCGUAGAACUAAACAAGAGGCGAAAAGCAGCUUGGGCCGCCUUUGGGCCCCUAAAGGAAGACAGCCCUACUGACGGAUCUAGCGCUCCAAGCCCACCUGUUCGAUUCAACCGUUCUAUCUGUGCUCUGUUAGCAGCGAAGACAUGGCCUAAAACUUGGGCUACGUCGAAGGCUCUCCCAGCAACCCACAGAGCGCUGGAGCGAGUCUUCUGA